UAAACAUAAAUGACAGGUUAUGUCAACGCCAGUGACAAGUCGGAUUUUGGGGUCUACGUCGCUUCUUACGAGUCGAAAUCUCGCGCUCUUGCUCUUCAAAUUAAUCAGAAGCUGCUGAAAGUACCUGCAAUAUCACGAGGUGGGCGUGGAAAGGUCCUGAUUAUUGGAGCUGGUGCAUCGGGGAUUGCCGCCGCGUGUCGACUGUUAGAGCGAGGAUUUCGAAACGUCACAAUUUUGGAGGCGCAAAACCGGAUUGGAGGGCGAGUGCACACUGUGAAAUUCGCUGAUAAUGUGAUUGAGCUUGGCGCAGAAUGGGUACAUGGUGAGCAUGGGAAUGUGUCUCACAAGCUAGCAGCUCCUUAUAACCUUUUGGAGUCAUCUAAAGCCCUCAACGACACGUCUACAUAUAUUUUUAUUGAUUCCCAAGGGAACCACAUACCUAAAACAGAGAGUACUCAACUCUUAGAUCUUUACCAUGAUAUCCAUUCUAAAUUGUCAGAGAACAUCAAAAAAUUCCGGGGAUCGUAUGGCGAAUAUUUCUCAACAAAAUACCAUGGCGCACUUGGAGAAAAUCCUAUCACAGAUCCUAUACGAGCUAGCCAAUUUUUAGAGUGGAUACAUAGGUAUGAAAAUAUUAUAGAAUGUAGCGACUCUUGGUAUGAUACUUCUGCACAGGGACUUACUGAGUAUCAUACAUGCCCAGGAGACCCCUUGCUCAAUUGGAAAGGCAAAGGAUACAAAACUCUGUUUGACUUACUGAUGUGUAGAUAUGCAGGAACGUCUAAGGCACUUCCGGUACGGGAAAAAAUACAGUUUAACAAAGUGGUUUCGAACAUCGACUAUAACAGCAUGAAUGAAAUUAUCGUUAAAACUGAAGAUAAUUCGCACUAUGUUGCUGACCAUGUCAUAUGUACAGCAUCUCUUGGUGUACUAAAGGCACAACAUAAAACGCUGUUCACACCACCAUUACCAGAAAUAAAACAAUCCACCAUACAGGGUUUGAACAUAGGAACAGUGGACAAAAUCUUUCUUGAAUUUCCAUACACAUGGUGGCCAGAUGGAACGGCAGGGUUUAAUCUGAUUUGGUCACAGGAGGAUAAGAAUGAAUUUCUUCAAUCUUUUGGACAAGAAAACAAAUGGUUGACAGAAUUUUUCCACAUCUCCACAGUCGACCAUCAACCUCGGGUCCUGAGUGGGUGGCUUACAGGCCCGACUGCUAGAUAUAUGGAAAACUUGCCAGAUGCAGUAGUAGUAGAGGGAUUCUAUAAAAUAUUGCAAAAGUUUCUUAGUGGGACCUACAAUGUUCCAAGACCUUUAAACAUGAUGCGAUCCAGCUGGCAUAAAAAUAAACACUUCAGAGGAUGCUAUAGCUUUCGCAGUUUAGAAUCUGAUAGGCUGAACGUUUGGGCCAAAAAUCUCGCAGAGCCCAUCACAGGGUCAAAUGACAAGCCCGUCAUACUGUUUGGAGGUGAAGCAACUCAUGAACAUUAUUACUCUACUGUUCACGGGGCAAUUGAAACUGGAUUUCGUGAAGCUGAUAGACUAUCAAAUUAUUACAGGGAAAGAAAAUGUCAUCUAUAAAAUCAUCUAUCCUAUCAAUUGAUGGAUGUGUGUACACACAUUUGUUUUGUGUUGUAACCGUUUAUCCACUGAAAUACUUCAGUCACAAAAUGAAAUAUAUAAUCUAAUUUUAUAACGACAUUGUAGAAUUGAAUAAAAUACUUUCUACACUCUGA